UUAACAACAUGAACGAAAGAGUAAACAUAGAUGUCCAAGAUACUGGAGAGAUACGCAUAAUGGUUCCAAAUCGUCAGGCACAGGCUCACAAUACCCUCAUGAAACUGCAGUCUCCUACAGGAACAGACGUUGUACAGUUGAACAAAGAUAUCAUAAAUCACCAAAGAUUCCGUGAAAAUUACAUUACAGAUGCUGAUAUCUGGAGCUGAAUUUACCCUGACAAUUGUUAUUUCCAGUACUCAACUCUCAUAGGUGUCGAAGAGGAAGGAAUGAAGUUGACCCACGAUACCUUUCAAAAGGCUAACACCUCCAUUUACCUCAAUGAUGCACAGACAUGCCUCAGACUAGGAGGAUUUACCGCAACUAAGAACAUGACUUCCAUCUUUGGAGGUGUCAGCCAGCUUACUCAUAAUUAUAACAGAAGGCUUAAAUAUUCCAUUGGAGGGAUGUUUGGCUCCCUCCACUCCGUCAAUACUUAUGCUCAGUAUAACUUGAGAAACUCAACUUCAGUGAAGUGAAAGAUUAAUAGGGUCUACCAAGACCCUGAUGAUCCACAUCAUGAAGUAUCUCUCACUGUUAGAGAGCAGCUGAGUGAAGAGUUCUCGAUGGAGAUGACCUUCAUGAGAGGUCUCCAUGAUGAGCUCAGAAUCUCAGCAUUGAACACAAUGAAUGUUCUCGAAGAUAGCUCCAAGCAGACCAUAAUUGAAGUAGAGACUAAGAUCAAGAAGCAUAUAACUACUGGAACUCUUCGGGUAAGGAACCAUAUUAGUGAAUAUCUUGGGACUAACCUUGAGCUGAAUGUUGGCUCAGCAGGCCACUACCCCACUCUAGGAAUUUCAUCAGAUAUUUGCAUCAACAUGUUCAUUUUCCAAAGACUUUUCAAAAAUAUGAGAAGCAAUAGAAUGCAAGUGCAGAAUUCUAGAAUGAAGAACAUUAACUUCCUCUUUGGUUUCGGUUACGGAAGUGAUGGCUUCAGUAUCAACAUUGGAGUAGAAUUAGCUGGGAUUACUCUCAAACUCCCAAUCCUGUUCCCCAGAGAACUAGGAACAACUGAAGAUGGAGAAGAAGUCACCCUUGAUGACUUCUACUUCGGUGGAUUUGUAAUAGCCUAUUUUGCUGGCUUUACUUACCAAUUCAAAAAACUUGUGGCACAAAGAAAAAAGCUUAAGCAGAAAAGAAGGAGACAAGCAUAAUUUCAAUCAUUCAAGACAGUAU